CGAGAAGGCGAGAAGGUUUCGCUGCUUGCGAUAAUCAGAUCGAGUGUCGCAAAUUGGUCCUUCCCUGCACUGCUGCUCGCGAACCUCUCGGGCGUUCGUUGCUCACCGACGGAGAGACGCAGGCGCGAGGCCACACAGAGCUUGCGCGGUGCAAUCGGCAGGACUCGACUCGGACACACGAGCGAUGGACGCGGCCAAGCUCUCAGAGCUCAAGCUGUUCGUGGGGCAAUGUGAGGCGAACCCGUCUUUGCUGCAGAACCCACAGCUGCGCUUCUUUCGAAACUAUUUGGAGAAGCUCGGAGCCAAGGUGCCAGCUGCUGCCUACGCGAAAAAUGAACAACCAAAGGCAACAGAAUGGGAUAAAGAAUCUGGCGAAGAUAGCGACGCAGACAUGCCAGAACUGGAAGAGCAGUUUGGGUCACCUAAGCAGCCGGACACCAAUCCUAAGGCCUGGGAAGAAGAAAUCCCUGAAGUAGUGGAGUCAGAUCUUGAACUGGAUGAUGAAGGAGUCACUGCUCCGGAUAAUGAACCUCCUCAAAAGAUGGGUGAUCAAUCAAUCGAGGUUACUGAGGAGAUGCGGGAUGCUGCACAGGAAUCGAAGAGCAAGGCUUUGGAUGCUAUGAUGGAAGGCAAAAUGGAUGAGGCUGUCUCUCACUUUACCGACGCCAUUUUAUCGAACCCAACAUCGUCAAUUCUUUACGCCAACCGAGCCAGUGUUUACUUGAAGAUGAAGAAACCCAAUGCCGCUAUAAGAGACGCCGAUGCUGCCAUUAAGAUCAAUCCAGACUCUGCCAAAGGUUACAAGUGGAGAGGGGAGGCGAAAGCUCUCCUUGGAGAGUGGGAAGAAGCUGCAAAGGAUCUUCAUGUAGCUUCCAAAUUAGACUAUGAUGAAGAAAUUGGUGUGAUUUUGAAGAAGGUGGAGCCAAAUGUCCACAAAAUUGAGGAGCACAGGAGGAAGUAUGACCGCUUGCGUAAGGAAAGAGAGGAGAGGAAGGCCGAGAAUGAUAGACAGCGACGCAAAGCAGAGGCACAGGCUGCUUACGAGGCUGCAAAGAAAAAAGAGAAAUCAUCUUCGAGCAGGAGGCCAGGAGCCUCUCCCGGGGGUAUGCCUGGAGGGUUUGGGGGCAUGCCUGGCUUCGGAGGUAUGCCAGGUAUGGGUGGAGGUAUGCCUGGAGGCAUGGGAGGGAUGCCAGGGUUCGGAGGCAUGCCUGGUAUGGGAGGAGGGAUGCCUGGUGGAGGACCCGGAGGUAUCGACAUGAGUAAGAUCUUGAGUGAUCCUGACUUAUUGGCUGCUUUCCAAGAUCCCGAAAUUAUGGCUGCACUGCAAGAUGUCAUGAAGAAUCCAGCCAACCUUGCUAAGCAUCAAGGCAACCCUAAAGUUGCACCUGUGAUAGCUAAGAUGUUCAGCAAGAUGUCAGGAGGUGCUGCCGAUGCGGGCGCAGAAGCAUAGACCAGCAACACGUAGUGAGAGAGGAAGAAGUAGAGGUAGGAUUAGUCCCACUGAUUGUAGGGAUUACUGUUAUAUAGUGCUUCCAAGAUUCAGAAACUUUGGAGUCGGAGUGGGAGGUAUCGUGUGAGCUUCUUUUUAAUAUGGCAUUCGAUUUUCAAAGGAGUUGGAGAGCAUGAAUUCUUAUCUCCCUACAUGCCUACCAGGCUCCGCAUAGAUUCUUCCCAAGUGCCAAUUUCCGCGUCGUUAAUUGUAGAAUUUCAGAAUGAAUACGGAGUAGGACUGUAAAACAAGAGUUUAUCAAUGGAACCAGUUUUUUUUUUCUUCUUGAUCAUGUUGAAGCUUUGCGGAGACGAUUAUUUCAUACCAAUCAGGAAGUGGGAAAGAUGUGCAGGCGUCGUUUUAUACUCGCCAGAUAUAGCAAGUAGUACAAAACGAUCACUCGGAUUGUUGCAAGAUUGAGGCAGGUCUACUCCAUAGGGUCCAUGGAGGUGGAAUCGUAGGCUUACAAGGUAUCUGACUUAGCUACAAUGCCGAGGUCUCAAGGAGAAUGCCAGUCUUUUGAGAACUGAUUGAGGUGUUGCGUCUGUUGUCUGUCUUAAACGAUGGUCUCCUAGCUUGAGCACAUUAACGGUGCUCAGUUGUGGAGUGAUGGAUGUAUCGUUCAUCUGCACAGUGGCAGCACUGGAAGGCUUAGACAGUUGCGUGGCAGCUAGAAUUCGAACGUAGUUACUGUAGGAAAGUGCAGGUUAUGUCGCUGCCUCCCCUUUCC